AUGUUGGGCGCGGGCGACCGGCCGAGUUGCAAGAAACUGCCGAACCGCUUGCAAUUGGGGUCUCCCGAUCUCGUUCUUGAGCGGGCCCAACUCGCCCCUGAAAUCCACGGGAUCAACGGUAUCGGCGAUCUGUUCGUUCUCGUGGAGGACAUGGCCUGCCCCGAUAAUUCCGUCAGAUACAUGCUCGAACCGGAACGAUACGAGGAGGAUGCGUUCGUUCUCGAGCGGAAUGGCACCCUCCGAACGUCCACCAGCAAAUUCCCAGCGUGGAGCUAUUGCCUGGACUGGAAGGAGUCCUUCGAACGGAUCGUCGUGCUCGUUUGCCUGUCGCCGGAUUCGCCGACUCCUUCGCCCGCGAACGAACAGGAAUCGUACAACAUUGGCAUCAUAGUGUCCGUUCCGUUCUUCCUCGCCACGUUUUUGGUCUACGCGAUUAUACCGGAGUUGAGGAGCCUAUACGGGAAAACACUGAUGUGUUAUGUCGCCUGUCUCGUGAUCGCGUACACCUUUCUCGUGCUGGCGAAAUCGUUUUACUUCGCGUCCCGUCUAUGUUCUGCUAUAGCACGGAAAAGUGAAACGACGGUUGUGACUGUUACGUCGAUCCUAUCGAUACUAUCGAUUCUGUCGGCUCGCGCGAUAAACGUCGAGUCGUUCUCGGGUCUCGAUUUCACCGUAACCGAGGGUUCCCUCGCGGGCGUCGAACCGGUGACGUUCGCCACCGUCGGGCCCCUUGCCAAUAUCGUCGAGAACAGCGAUGGGACCGAACGUUUCAUUGGUCUCCACAGGAACGAGCGGGACACAAGGAACAAUUCGUCCGACGAAACGUCGGACAAGCCUCUGGUUCAUCUUUGCUGUCCCCUCGAGAGUCGGAUGAUAAAAAACAGUUGCUUGACGCUCGAAACGAACGUGACCAUUCGUUUUCCACCCUUGUACCGGUCCAACAGCUUCGAUUUGCUCGACGCAUCACCGACACCGAAAAGUUUCCGGCUGGCCGUACGUGAUCCGUGCGACGGCGGUCCACGAUAUCGGCUCGUCCCCGAGACGUACGACGAGGACGCGUUUUUGCUCCUCGAUAACGGCGCGGUGUACAGGCCGAACGGGAACGUUAUCCUCCCGCCGAGCGAAUAUUGUCUUGGUCGCGUGGAUGUGGACAAGUACGACGUGGUGCUCUGUUUCGAGGCGGAUGACUACGACGAGACGGGGGAGUCGAACGGGACAAAUAUCAUAGUUUCGUUUCCAAUUGGACUGAUCGUGUCGGUGCCGUUUCUUCUUGCCACGUUCAUCGUCUACUCGUUGAUACCCGAACUGAAGAAUAUGCACGGGCGGACGCUACGUUGUUACGUUGGGUCGCUGCUGAUCGCGUACACGGUACUCGCGAUCGUGCAGAUCCUCCCGCAAUACAGCAUCUCGGAUCCCCUCUGCGUCGCAUUCGCUUUCAUCAUCCAUUUCUCCUUUCUGGCCAGUUUUUUCUGGCUGAACGUCAUGUGCUUCGACAUUUGGUGGACAUUCGGUGGUUUCCGGUCACUCCAAGGCAGCGUGAAACAAAGAGAACGGAAAAAAUUCAUAAUAUACUCGAUCUACGCUUGGGGCUGCGCGUCGAUCCUCACCGGUGUCUGCAUCCUCAUGGAUUUCCUUCCCAAUAUUCCGACCUAUUUUAUAAGACCACAAUUCGGAAUGCAGAGCUGUUGGUUCACGACGGAUGAGGCGAAAGCAAUAUACUUUUACGGACCUAUGGGUGUCACGGUGUUCUGCAAUAUCUGUCUUUUUGUCUCCACGGCAUUGAAAAUUGUGAAGCACACACGGGACACAGCUCAUCAUUUGAACGGCGCGGACAGCAGGCGUCACGAUGACAACAAGCAAUGGUUCAAUCUGUACUUGAAACUGUUCAUCGUGAUGGGCAUCAAUUGGUCGAUGGAAAUAAUAUCAUGGUUAUGCAACAAUUCACCGACGUACAUCUGGUACCUUACCGAUCUAACGAACACCUUGCAAGGCGUGAUAAUCUUUUUGAUCUUCGUCUGGAAAGAAAAGAUCCGUCGACUGCUCUUGAAGAGGCUCGGUUGCCACGGACGCAACUUUCUCUCGAGGAAUUCGACUCGCAGCGCAUACCACAGUUCGGCAUCACGCACCUGCACCACGUCCGCGGCACCGACGGCAUCGAUACCGUUCCAGCAGAAGUUCAACCCUCACCAAUUGAAAGAUACCUUACCUCUUCGCAGCGGUAAACCACCGUUAUCCGACGACAGCAACGACUGUCCUUAAAGGCACCUGUUACCCUCCUCUUGAUGUUAACAUUUCU